AUGCCGCUGCCGUUUGAUGCUAAGAGUGUCACAUACUUGCUUGAAACUGCUCGAAUGCGCCGGCUUCGUCAUCUUCGGAACAUCGCGGCACGUAACAUCAUCAAUAAGAAUGGUUAUCGCCUCUUGGAUACAUACUUCACUCUUCACUUGUGUGAUAACACCAAGAUAUACAAAGAAUUUUAUAAGAGUGAGGUGAUCAAGAAUUCUCUGAAUCCCACAUGGAGGAGUCUGGACUUUGGAAUAAUGCCCGAUCGUCUCGAUACCUCUGUCUCCUGUUUUGUCGUGAGGAUCUGGGGUGGGAAGAAGGAGCACUUUCAGCUUUUGAUCGAAUGGAAGGUCAAUCUAGAUGGGUUAAAGUACUUGGGCCAGCAGAUACACGCAAGAAACCCAAACGAGAUUAUUUUUGGUCUCAAUGAUGGUUAUUACGGAGCUUCAUUUGAACAGAAGGAUCACUCAGGUACCCUGAAGAACAGUCUUCUCCAGGUGGAUCAGAACUGUGUUCGUAACUCUUAUGAUGUCUUCUCUUUGCUUAGGCUUCACAGAGCCCAGUGUGCAAUUAAACAGACUCAGGUAACUGUUCAGAAAAUAGGAAGGGAGAUUGAAGAAAAGCUGAGAUGUACAUCUACAAGCAACGAACUGAAAAAGGAGAGUGAAUGUUUACAGUUGAAGAUCCUGGUGCUACGUAAUGAACUGGAGAGGCAGAAGAAGGCCCUUGGUCAAGAAGUAGCCUUGUUGCAUAAGGAGAAAAAUACUUUGCAUGACAGAGAAAAUGUGUUUGAGACUGAAAACCAGAAACUUCAAGACCAUAACGAUUCCCUGCAUGAAUUAAGAAAGGAAUGCACUGCUAAGAGAGAACUGUUUUUGAAGACAAACGCCCAGCAGACUAUUCGAUGCAAGCAAUUGCUGUCGGAGCUGUCCUAUAUCUACCCUAUUGAUCUGAAUGAUCAAAAGGAUUACUUUGUUUGCGGAGUCAAGCUUCCUAAUUCUGAAGACUUUCAAGCAAAAGAUGAUGGAAGCAUUGCUGUUGCCCUGGGCUACACCGCUCACUUGGUUUCGAUGAUAUCCUACUUUUUACAAGUGCCACUCAGGUAUCCUAUAAUUCACAAGGGCUCCCGGUCUACAAUCAAAGAUAAUAUCAACGACAAACUGACAGAAAAAGAGAGAGAAUUUCCUUUAUACCCCAAAGGAGGGGAGAAGCUGCAGUUUGAAUAUGGAGUAUAUCUUCUCAACAAAAAUAUAGCACAGCUUAGAUAUCAACAUGGGCUGAGUACUCCGGAUCUAAGGCAAACUCUUCCUAACCUGAAAAACUUCAUGGAGCUUGGGCUCAUGGUUAGAUGUGAUCGACACCAUACAUCCAGUGCAAUUCCCGUUCCAAAGAGACAGAGCUCUAGCUUCGGCAGAUUGGAUAUUGGCUUUUCCAGUGGGCUUCCUUCACCGGAUAAAGGACUCCGAAAACGAGCCAGCACAGGAAACGAAAGACUCCAGUACAAAACCCCUCCUCCCAGUUACAACUCGGCUUUGACGCAGCCCGUGGCCGUCGCAACCCGCCUCGGGGAGUUGGAGAAAAAACCUGGAUCCAUAUCUUCUUCCUUGGAUACCUCCAUGGACUCCUCGAAAGGAAACGCCAAGAAAGGGGAGGACUUGUGCAGCAGUUUAAAUGGUGAAAACGGGAGCCUGAACAAUACCCAAGAGCGGCAGGAAUCUUUCCUGGGACAUAAUAGUGCAAUAAAUGGGGCUUUUUUACCCGGAGAGUGCUCCGGCGCUUCCGGCAACGAGCAACCCCGUGAGUUUCGUCCUUCCCUCGGCCCCGUCCUUUGUUGCGCCGUGGAACAAGCGGAGGAGAUCAUGGGGAUGGAAGCCACGGGUUUCAACCCGGGAGAUCAGCUGGAAGACUUUAACUCCAUCCCGGUGGAACACGCCGUGGCGGUGGAGUGCGACGAACAAGUCCUAGGAGAGUUUGAGGAGUUCUCCCGAAGGAUCUAUGCACUGAACGAAAACAUGUCCAGCUUCCGAAGGCCACGGAAAAGUUCGGACAAGUGAGCUGGGGGGCAGGGAUUGGAGAGCAGACAUUGAGGUGAAAUCAGUGAUCUGGAAUAGAGAUAAAAUUGCACUUAUUCUUUAUAUUAAUUAUAUAAAAAAAAAAAAUUAAAAAUAAAAAAGCUAAAGCUAUUCCUAUGGUGUUAGACAAACGGACUUAAGCACGGUAACACAGGAUCAUGGUAUAUUCACAGCCCAGGUAAAUCUUGAUUCUGCUUCCAGCCCUCUUACGUCUGGUAUUUAUAAUCUGUUGGAGUAUUAUUUUAUUUUUCUUUUUUUUUUUUUAGGCGUUGGAAUCCAUUUAUAAAAGGCUUUCCUGGAAACAACUUCUAGUGCUGAUCAGGCCCUUCUAUGAAUAUUUGUUGAUUUCUCGAUUAGUGUUUAGAGUUAAAUUUAUUUUAAUGGAAAAGAUUAGAAGGAGAGAAAAAAAAAAAGAGUUAAUUUAAAAGUACCUUUAUGGCAAGACCUCUUUACCUUCUGCCAUGUACUCCUGUGUUUUCUCGAGCAAUGUAGUUGGUGUUACAGAAAUACCAUGAAUUUGUUAUAAUUGGGCAAUUUUCUGUAGCCUUUGACGUUCUGGUUUGCACUGAUGGGUCCUCCAGUCGGUGGUGGAAACUCACCUGUUCCUACCAGUGGAAGCCUUGAGGACUAAAUCUCCUCUAAGGUUUCUUAUUAAAAAAAUCUCAGCCUCCCCGUUCCCCGCUUCGGUGGGGCUCAGACCUCGUUAGCAGACGCCCUAAUUAACGCCCUAACGAAGCGGGGUUCAGCUGCUCCCCCCAUCCCAGCUCUCUUAACGGGGACAACGUGCCGCGAGGCGCUUCAGAUGUCUUCAUUAAAAAAAACCCAGAGCCAAAAUGCAGCCAGUGCUUUGGAAUUGGGCGAAUUUGGGGAAUCGCUCCACCCUCUGUAGAAAGGAGGCACUUAACGUUCUUCAUCUAAAUAAAUAUCCUUUUUUGAGCUGUCUGGGUUUUCGAAGGAGGCAACGGCCAGCGGUUGGCUGGUCGGUAGGUUCCCACUGGCACAUGUGUGUUCAGCUGCACUAACGGGAAAGCAAUUUGCAGCCCCGCUUUGUGAUCCCUGGUAUUUGUUUCAGUUUUUUUGGAUUUCAUUGCUCUUGCUUUUCUGUAUCGUAUACCCAAGAAUCUGGGCUCGGUUGGGAGCUCUCGAAUAUAAAAAUAUAUAGCAGAAUAAAAAACACUUCAUCACGCCUGGCUUUUCUUUCCCCCCCCUCCCUGGUCUGUGCUUUCUUUUGAACCAAUGACCUAGUCUUUUUUUUUUUUUUUUCUAACUUCACCAUAAGACUAGCCUAAAUUAACGUUUUAAAGUGUGGAUAUGUAUAAUCUCAACUAUCUGUUGUCGAAACAAGACGUAUAUGUGAGAACCAAUAUACAUAAUAGCACUGUUCUAGGAUAUGCUUUUUUUUCUUUUUUUUUCCGGGUAACACCUUCAUGAUUGUAUUAAAAUUAUAUUCACA